UAACGCCCAGGACUGUACUGCACCAUGGAUCUGCUGCACAUUCAGCUCGCAGCACUCCAGCAAAAGUUAUCUUUUGUUGCAACCGAUCCAAUUGACUGGAAGUUUUACGUUCAAGCUUUCUCAUGGGGCGUUACGCUGUUCGAGUCUUACCUUAUACUCCGCCAGUAUCCUCUGUAUUCAAAAACUUCCCCUCCAGAGGUUCUAGCGGGCCACUUUGAUGCCGAAGCAUUCAAGAAGUCCCAGAAUUAUGGCAAGGACAAAGCCAAAUUCUCCCUUAUUACUGGAUUGUUUAAGCAAGCGCUUGAUUCCGCUAUGCUCCAUUACGGAUUAUACGCAUUCGCAUGGGAUAUGGGUGCACGGACGAUCGCCUACUUCGGAUAUGGCAGCGAGUACGAGAUUUUGCAAUCCCUUGCGUUUGUUAUCGUGCUCUUCAUCAUUUCAUCCAUACCUUCGACACCUCUCUCUGUAUACCAAACGUUUGUUUUGGAAGAGAAGCACGGCUUUAACAAGACUACACCCAUGUUAUUCAUCACAGACCUCUUGAAAAGCUGGGCGAUUGGCUUCGUCAUCGGCAUGCCAUUCCUCGCCGCUUUCCUUUACGUCUUCAAGUGGGCUGGAGACCGAUUUGUUCCAUGGCUUAUGGCAUUCCUCCUGGCCUUCCAGAUCAGCAUGGUUAUCAUAUAUCCAACCGUGAUACAACCACUGUUCAACAAGCUUUCGCCCCUCAAAGAGGGCGAGUUGCGCACGAGGACUGAAUCACUCGCUACGAAGCUCAAGUUCCCCUUGAAGCAUUUGUACGAGAUCGACGGUUCGAAGCGUAGCUCUCAUAGCAACGCUUACUUCUUCGGGUUGCCCUGGAGCAAACAUAUCGUCAUCUUCGAUACCCUGAUCAAAGAAAGCAAGGCCGACGAAGUCGAGGCAGUUUUAGCGCAUGAGCUCGGCCACUGGUACCACAUGCACCCAACAAAAUUGCUCUGCGUAUCCCAAGUCCACAUCUUCACCAUCCUUGCCAUGUUCCCCGCGUUUCUACACGCACCUCAGUUCCUCCGCGCAUUCGACUUCUCCGAGGCCGUUUCUGUCCGCCCGCCAACUAUCGUCGCAUUUUUGCUAUUCCAGAUGAUUCUCAGCCCCCUAGAAGCCAUCAUCGGCAUCGCGCUUAAUUUCCUUUCGCGCCAGUUUGAAUGGGAGGCUGACCGUUUCGCGUGUGAGAUGCAAGACCGGUUGUCGGCUCCGGAGAUGAAGGAUAUGGGUGAGAGGCUUUCAAGGGCGUUGAUCACGCUCCAUGUCAAGAAUCUGAGCACCGUAUGGGUUGAUUGGCUAUACUCGGCUUAUCACCACUCGCACCCCACAUUGACAGAGCGAUUGAAGGCCCUCCAGGCAUUCCAGGCUAAGAAGGAUGGAGUAGUGAAGAAGGAGUUGUAGACUCUAGAAACUCACUUCCGUCCGAUUAAGUACCUACAGUACAAGCAUCUGAUAAAAUUAUAUAUUUCAUCCUUUAGUCGAUUCUGUUGACAGAAGUGACACAAUCUAACCUAUGGGCGCCAGACUGCUCUGAUCCUGAUC